AUGGCAGAUGACAAUGCUGAGGAUCCGCUGCUAUCAGGGUCUAGUGAUCCACCCCACCAAUUCAGCGAAAAUAAUGCACUGAAGAGAAGGUAUCGCUGUUAUGCCUGUGCUACUUCAUCGCAGAGCAAUCUUCCAGUACCACAUGGAGCUGAACCACUUCCGCAGCCUAUAUCUAUUCUUGCAGAACAGCUUAAUUUCAAGCAAGUAUUCUUAUUAUUGGCUGCCUACCUAGGUGUAGGCUCCCUCUGCUUCUUCCUUGUUAGGAAUCAGAUCAAGGGUAACAAAACAAAUGGGAUUCUUGACGCCAUUUAUUUUUGUGUUGUGACGAUGACCACAGUUGGAUAUGGUGACCUUGUGCCUGAUAGCAUUAUGGCCAAACUCCUUGCUUGCAUGUUUGUAUUCACCGGUAUGGCUCUUGUUGGAUUUGUUCUUAGUAAAGCAGCAGACUACAUUGUGGAAAAGGAGGAACUUCUUUUGGUUAAAGCCAUACAUCUGCGCGAGAAAUUUGGUCCAGCUGAAAUCCUUAAGGAGGUUGAAACCAACGGAGUUAGAUACAAACUUCUUACUACCCUGAUCCUUCUUUUUGUGCUUGUAAUUGUUGGAACCCUCUUCUUGCACCAAAUUGAGGGACUGAAUCUCUUUGAUGCCUUCUAUUGUGUUUGUUCAACUAUAACUACUCUGGGAUAUGGAGACAAGAGUUUUUCAACUAAAGGGGGCCGUAUAUUCGCUGUUUUUUGGAUAUUGGUCAGUACCAUUUGUUUGGCUCAGUUCUUUCUUUACCUUGCUGAACUAUUCACUGAACGCAGGCAAACUGCAUUGAUCAGAUGGGUUCUUACGCGGAAGAUGACAAUCUCAGAUCUUGAGGCAGCAGAUCUUGACAAUGAUAAGAGUGUCAGUGCUGCUGAAUUCAUUGUAUACAAGCUCAAAGAGAUGGGAAAGAUAAGAGAGGAUGAUAUCUCAGUUGUGAUGGAGGAGUUUAGAAAUCUCGAUGUUGAUCAAUCUGGGACAUUAACAGCAGCUGAUCUAACACUCAUCCAAUUAUCUCAAGUACAACUCUGA